UCUGCAUCUUAGUUCCCCGACGAGACUUAGUAGGCUUAGUAGCGAGCGAGACUGUAGCGGUGAGGUUAGAGUUUGGUGAGGUGGAGAGCUACAUGACGGGGUGUGCUGUGCAUGUGUUUCGUGAGAGAGAAAUUGUUGUGUGGGCAAAAUCUGAAAAAAUGCAUUGUUGAGAAGUGUCUGCAUUUUGUAUGAGAUGGGCUAAAUAAUGUACGGAAAUUUGCUGGGUUUAACGCUGUGCCGUAUACAACACGCUUCUUGAAAUAGUUCCGAAAAAAAGUGAGGUUGUUUUGUGUUAACAGGAAUGAUACCAUAUUGUUAUCGAAGUGCGUAAAGUGUUAAAAAUUAAAGUACGAAUUUAAAUUAAGAAUGCAGUGAAGUGUUUCUCUGAAGCUUUAUGCAGGCCUGCCACAACAAUUAAACGCGAAGUGACGAAACCGCGAGUGACCCAAUUCGGGCAAGAGUUUGAGAUAAGUUGUAAUCAAAGAGAUUCUGUUAAUGGCCCCCGGGCAUACCGGUGCCACCGCCACUGCCCCCAGCAUGGCGUCGCUGGCCACCAUCGACACCAGCUCCUCGGUAUAUGCACCAACACAGCUGCUGAACUGGGUGUAUCUGACGUUGGCGGACCAGAACCAGACCUCCGCUUCGGACCAAGUCCCAUCGAAGAUUCUACCAGCGGUAUGGAGCCCGUUUCCAACAGCGCAGGCCUACAACUACAACUACUACAGCAAUGGGAGUCUCUCCGGCGGGCUGACAGGCCUCGCCAACGCCCUCAAUGUGGGUCUUAACAACAGCCUCAGUGAGAGUAUAGGCGAUCUCGCGGAACACUUCGCCGACCUGACCCUCAGCAUGGACAGGAAGCCAACGAAGAGACCACCCCCCACGUACCUGUGUCACCUGUGCUUCAAGAAGGGUCACUACAUCAAGGACUGUCCUCAGGCUCGGCCCAAAGGUGAGGGUUUAACCCCCUACCAGGGUAAGAAGCGUUGUUUUGGGGAGUAUAAGUGUCCUAAGUGCAAGAGGAAAUGGAUGUCUGGGAACAGCUGGGCCAACAUGGGGCAAGAAUGCAUCAAGUGCCACAUCAAUGUGUAUCCGCACAAACAGCGUCCUUUGGAGAAACCAGGUGGGCUUGAUGUGUCUGAUCAGUCCAAAGUCCAUCCUCAGCAUUUAUGCGAGAAGUGUAAAAUCCUGGGGUACUAUUGUCGGCGUGUGCAAGUCUAACGCAGUCAUCAAUCUUCACUACUUGAUCAUCAUGCCUACAAGGACAGCACAUGUCCUCUGUAUGUAACAGAUUACAGUGAGUUGUGGACUAGACUUUUGUGAAUAGUCCUGUGUUCAAGACAAGGCCCACCCCAUAUAUUAUUUUUGAGGAAAACAGCAGGAAUGGGUGAGAAAACCAGAUAUUCUAGUUGGCAAACAGCACUGGCUGACAGAAAACAUGAAUGCUGCCAAGAAGUUGGGCUAAUUUUGUCUAGUAAAAUUCAGGUUGAGGUUUGCAUCUCUUUGCCUGCUGCAACUGUGGUGUUUCCAUCAAUAAAAUUGUGCAGCCCAUUCUUUUGUCCUAUAUUGGAUACAACUUGAGCCAUUCCACCGUUCUGCUCGAAUUGCCACGAUAAUUCACAGUUCAUGGAACAAUAGCAGGCUUAACAGAAUACCAUUUCAGAGUAUUUUGAAUUUUACUGGCAGUACUAAGGGGUUAGUUAGUAAUCAGUGCCAAGAGACUCUGGAAUCUUUAAGCCAUUGUAGUUCACAAUGAAACUGAAAGUAAUGUAGCUCUGCAAUGUGAACAGUUAAUGUAAUAAGUAAUUAUUAUAUGUCUAAUCAAAAUUCAUGUAACAGUAAGAUGACAAGUCAUGUUUAUAAGAUCACUUUGGGAACUAUGUUUUGGACAUUAGCAGGAUAUAGGUGGGGAAGCAUGAAGCUGGUAACUCCUGUGGUCUGAGAAUGCUUCCCACAUUUCCUUCAGUCUUUCACAAUGUUAUUAGUAAGGAAAAGCUCUGUAGCAGCAAUGGCCUACAAAAGUAACCAAUGUCAGCAGUUCCACAAAAUUUGUGUCAGGAUUCCUGUCCUUUCAGGCAUUUGGAGCAUUUGUAAACCUGAGAAUAUUAUUAACGGCACAAUGUUCAACCAGCAAAAGGGCUUAACGUUUUCUUUUUGAUAGGGCACAUAGUUACUUAUGCAUGAAGUUAAUUGUGGAAGAAGAUGGAAACUCUAUUGGGUUCGAGGCUUUUACAAUGAUGACAGAGUGUGACUUUCUGGGUUGUAAUUCUUUGUAGUUUGGAGAGGUGUGAUGUCUUAGAGGAGCAUGUUGCCUCCAUCUUCAGGGACAAUGUAAGGGAAGCAGGAAGCCUGAGAGAGCGGGCAGCAUACUCAGCCUGCUGCAUGCUUCUUCUGGUUUCAUGCUUGACUUACGUUUUGACCCUGAAGAUGGAGCUGAUAGGUUCGUCUGAAAUGUGAAGCUCAUUCUGAACUACACGGCAUUAAAACUCAGAAGAUAUGCUCUUUCAGAUGGAAACUAUUCAUAAUGAAAGAAGGGAUAUAUUGACACCCCCUAAUUAUUAAUAAUUUUAUUUAGUGGUUUUUGAGUGCUUCUCACCUGGAGGUUGACUAGAAUGCACUAAUUGCUUUGUAUAAAUUUUUUAUCUCUGCUUCUGCAUUUAUAUUGCUUAUUCCUCCCUCCCUCUCAAAAUGUUCCAUAUGGAAUAUCAGUAUGUAGUCGCAGGUAGGUAUGUCCUUCAUAUUAUUGUUUGUUUCAUUGUAUACUGCAGGCAGCUUUCAGCCCUGGUUCCAUGCCCUUGUAAUCAGUUCUCAGCUGCUGCACAUACGCACAAAGCGAUUUGCCACUUAAUAGAAGCUUAAUGUGAACAUUUGCUGCAGAACGCUACUGGUUAUAUUUUAAGAUGUGCUAAAUAUAGGCUGCUGCUGCCUACAGGAGUACAGCUUGCCCAUAGUCACAUGGCCAUGGGAGUUGGUAUCAUUUUGUGAGAGGAGUUUGAAAAUUAGGAGGGAAUUGUACUUGCAAUUUCUGUGAAUAUACAGAUACUGGACAAAAAACUUAUAUUAAUAAGCGGCUUCAUGCCAUUGUGGUAAAACUUUUUUUUCAUUAUUUAAAUAGUGUUUCAGCUGAUUUGGCUAUAUUCAUUAUAUUUUAGCAUCACCUUUUGAAACUAGAUAUACUCUUGAAAGAGGGAAGUCUUAUUAAAAAAAAAAAAAACAAAGUAACCAGGAGGGAUGCUUACUAAAGAAUUGUUUUGUUUGUUAAAAGAACUAUAUUAAUUUUAAAUGUUGCAGCUACAAAUUUAUACAUAUUCUAGCUAUGGACUUAUUGUAUUAUUAGCAUGUUUCGAGUUAAACCGAAAAGUUCUCUUAAAAGAUCUGUUCUGUUUAUUGUAUUAAUUUACUUGGGGGCCAACAUCUGGGUUAUACCAUAUUCAGUACUAGUUUAGUGCCCCUCUACAGUGGGAUUUAUGAAUGUUAUGUUAUCCUCCACUGUGUAAUGUCAAGCAGUAUUUCUUUUUCUGUGGUGAUGAAAUUUGAUAUUAUUGUUUUAUACAUAUAUUUUAUAGUAGUCAAGCAUGUAUGCCAAAGAAAGAAUUCAGUAUGUGCCAUAUGUUCCUCCUGUGCCUUACAAUGGGACUGUAAGCCAAAGGAAGAGGCAGUAUAGUUAUGUAAAUAUUUAUAUAUACCUGUAUAUUGCCCUGAGUAAUUUUUAUAAGGAGCUUAAACUUUUUGACCCGGUGGGUGUCUGUGUUUAUAUCAAGUGAAGUACAAGUUUUGCUUGAAAUGAAAAGUUGUAUGACAGCAUGUUAUCUGUUGUAAUAUUAGUUUAUUGUUAAAUAAAUGUAGUUAAAAUAUUUUUAUAUUAAAAUGUGAUGAACAGUGCCUUUUCUGUAGUGGAUUUGAAAUCCAUACAGCAGGGAUUAUGAAGCAUGCUGGCAUCCGAGAUGUUUCACCAUGUAGUGCGGUAGAAGUUCAUUGAUGUUUCGGAGGAACAGUGCUGCCUUCUACAGGGUUGAUGAGUAAUUUAAGCAACUAACCAGCAAGAAGCUGGCAGCAGUGAAUUUCUGCUCUACUACAUGGUGUCACAUCCUGGAAUAUGGUACUGUUCAGUGUAGUUUCUGUUACGCGAACAUUACGCAUGUUACAAAACCUGGACUGUGACUUUGACAGAAUACAUUUCUAGUAUCAUUGAAGUUAGAAGUCUGGGUUGCUAAUUCUGGGGGGGGGGGGGUGUACAGAAUGUUCAGUGAUUAAAACAACUCCAAAUUGUGGCCACACUAUCAGUUAUAGAAUAUUGAUACUGUUGCUGCAGCAGUUAUAUCUGUCCUCUGAAACCAACCCUGCCUUGCAUUUUCAAUUAUAUGCUUUUACAAAUCAUCAAAGCAUCAUGAGUACAUGUUCCUGUGUGCAGAAGUCUUCACCUUUAUGAAUGAAGUCAUUUUUGUCUCUGUUACAAAUUGCAUAGAACUAACGGUUUCGUUAGAAGCUAAUGGUUGCUCAUCUACUCAAAAAAUUCCCAACAUUAUGUGAAACGUGAGGGUUCGUU